GAGCGAAGGAACAGACUGAAGAAGGGUCUCGACCCGAAACAUCGCCUAUCCCUUCUGGCUCACCCGCCGAGUUUCUCCAGCAUUUUUGAGGCAGUGCAGCGUAGGUUCACGAGAUUGAUCCCUGGGAUGGCGGGACUGUCAUAUGAGGAAAGAUUGAAAAGACUAGGCUUGUAUUCACUGGAGUUUAGAAGGAUGAGGGGGAUCUUGUAGAAACAUAUAAAAUUAUAAAAGGACUGGACAAGCUAGAUGCAGGAAAAAUGUUCCCAAUGUUGGGCGAGUCCAGAACCAGGGGCCACAGUCUUAGAAUAAAGGGGAGGUCAUUUAAGACUGAGGUGAGAAAAAACUUUUUCACCCAGAGAGUUGUGAAUUUGUGGAAUUCCCUGCCGCAGAGGGCAGUGGAGGCCAAGUCACUGGAUGAGUUAGAUAGAGCUCUAGGGGCUAGUGGAGUCAAGGGAUAUGGGGAGAAGGCAGGCACGGGUUAUUGAUAGGGGACGAUCAGCCAUGAUCACAAUGAAUGGCGGUGCUGGCUCGAAGGGCCGAAUGGCCUCCUCCUGCACCUAUUGUCUAUGUUUCUAUCAAUGUUUCUAUGUUUUUCCUGUAACGUGGUGCCCAGAACUGAACGCGAUAUUCUAAAUGGUGACGGUGUUUCUGUUUUGCCAGGGCUGGGACGUGCUGAGCUGAGCCGGCGGUGGAGAUGUGAGCCGGCAUCACCGGCGCGCGAGCGGGAGAUGGAGAAUUCCUCGUCGGAGUCUCUGCCCUGGAUGGGGACCGGCCGAAGCGGCUGCACCUUCCAGGAGAAGUUCAAGAACAUUCUACUGCCCGUCACCUACACGGUGGUGCUGGUGCUGGGGAUGGCGCUGAACCUGACCGUGAUGGUCCACAUCUUGUGCUCGGGGAGACCGCUGACCAAGACCGCCAUCUACACGCUCAACCUGGCGGCAGCCGACGCCCUGUACGUCUGCUCGCUGCCCCUCCUCAUUUACAACUACAUCCGCAUGGACUACUGGCCCUUCGGCGAGCUGGCCUGCAAGGCCGUGCGCUUCCUGUUCUACGCCAACCUCCACGGCAGCAUCCUCUUCCUCACCUGCAUCAGCAUCCAGCGCUACAUCGGCAUCUGCCACCCGCUCAGCCUCUGGCACAAGAGGCGGGGGCCCAGGUUUGCCUGGAGGGUCUGCGGCCUGGUGUGGGCCUUCGUGCUAGCGGAGUGCGCGCCCACUUGGGUCUUCGCCACCACCGGCGUGCAGAGGAACCGCACCGUCUGCUACGACCUGAGCAGCCCCGAGUCCUCCGCCCACUACUUCCCCUACGGCAUGGCGCUGACCGUGGUGGGCUUCAUCCUCCCCUUCCUCGGCCUGCUGGCGUGCGACUGCGCCAUGAUGGUGGCCCUGGGCAAGACCGACCGGCGCCUGGGCCUGGCCAACCGGCAGGGCAGGGUCCGCGCCCUCAGGAUGGUCGCCAUCGUGGCCGCCGUCUUCGUGGUCAGCUUCCUGCCCUUCCACCUGACCAAGACCAUGUACCUGGUGGUCCGCACACGCCGCUACGUCCCCUGCCAGACCCUCCAAAGGUUCGCACAGGCGUACAAGGCCACCAGGCCAUUGGCCAGCAUGAACAGCGUGCUGGACCCCAUCUUGUUCUAUCUCACCCACAAGAACUUCAGGCUGGGCGCAAGGACCCUGGCUCAUGGUCAACUCUAAUCAGAAGACUACGGUUGAGCAGGAGGGCACGCCGUGAUGAUUGACGCUCGGACGGUGUACGGUGGACCUCUGGCCAACCAACCAUGUGGCCAAACCCUGCACCCACUCCAUCCUCAACUUCCCAGACUAUCUAAAUGGCGUCAAGUUGGGGAAAGGGGAAGUACAACGGGAUCUGGGGGUCCAUGUUCAAUGAAAGGAAGCAUGCAGGUACAGCAGACAGUGAAGAAAGCCAAUGGCAUGUUGGAGGAGUUGAGUAUAGGAGCAAAGAGGUCCUCCUGCAGUUGUACAGGGCCCUAGUGAGACCACACCUGGAGCAUUGUGUGCAGUUUUGGUCCCCAAAUUUGAGGAAGGACAUUCUUGCUAUUGAGGGAGUGCAGCGUAGGUUCACCAGGUUAAUUCCCAGGAUGGCGCGACUGUCAUAUGCUGAGAGAAUGGAGCGGCUGGGCUUGUACACUCUGGAGUUUAGAAGGAUGAGAGGAUUUUAUUGAAACAUAGGAUUAUUAAGGGUUUGGACACAUUAGAGGCAGGAAACAUGUUGGGGGAGUCCAGAACCAGGGGCCACAGUUUAAGACUAAGAAGUAAGCCAUUUAGCAGGUACACGAGAAAACACUUUUUCACAUAGUUGUGAGUCUGUGGAAUUCUCUGCCUCAGAGGGCGGUGGAGGCAGGUUGUCUGGAUACUUUCAAGAAAGAGCUAGAUAGGGCUCUUGAAGAUAGCAGAGUCGGGGGAUAUGGGGAGAAGGGAGGAACGGGGUACUGAUUGGGGAUGAUCAGCCAUGAUCACAUUGAAUGGCGGUGCUGGCUCGAAGGGCCGAGUGGCCUACUCCUGCACCUAUUGUCUGUUGAUCCAUCGACCAUCGAUCAUGAACGUUGACAGGGCGGGCCACUGGAAGGAGGUGGAAAACGUAGCGACAUGGUGUCAGGACAACAACCUCAUUCUCAAUGUCAGCUGGAUGAAGGGGCUAGUUAUGGGCUUCAGGAAGAGUGGUGGAGGUCAGUCACAUCCAUGGUGCCAAAGUCGAAAUGGUUGAGGGCUUCAAGUUCCCUGGGGUUAAUAUCACCGACAAUCUGUCGUGGUCCAAACGCGUUGAUGAAACGGGUGUCAGAGGUUAUGGGGAGAAGGCAGGAGAAUGGGGUUAGGAGGCAGAGAUAGUUCAGCACUUUCUUUGAUUGAAUGGCGGAAUUGACUCGAUGGGCCGAAUGGCCUAAUUCUGCUUCUAUUUCCUUCCGACCUUACGACAUCCAAGAAGGCGAGCCAUCGCUUCCUUAGGAGAUGGAUAGAAUUCGGCAUGUGUCCAAUGAUGCUCACAAACUACUACAGGUGCAUCAUGUUGAGGGUUGCCUGCUUUGUCGAACAGCUUGGCUCAAGAGCAUGAGAUUUGCAGACCCACACAAACCAAGCUUCCCACCAUUGACUCCAUCUACACUUGGCACUGCCUGGGGAAAAGGCAGCUCUGAAGAAGGGUCUCAACCCAAAACGUCACCCAUUCCUUCUCUCCUGAGAUGCUGAGAUGCUCCCGCAUUUUUGUGUCUAUCUUCAGUUUGAACCAGCAUCUGCAGUUUCAGUUCCUUCGUACAACCUAAUCGAAGCAUUGUCCCACCCCCGUCAUUCCUUCUUCUCCCCGCUCCCGUCCGGCAGGAGGUACAGAAGCUUGAAAGCGCGCACCACCAUGCGGCUGCUGUCCGAUUCACCUCUACCCCACUGCGGACAUUGGACUUUGUCUCUGGAACUGAUGCGCUACAAUGCUGAGAACUAUAUUCUGCACUCCUGUUUGAUUUGAUUGCAUUUAUGUACGAUACUAUCCAAUCUUUGUACAGCAUGCGAACCAAAGCUUUUCACUGUACCUCGGUACAGGCAACAAUAAUAAACCUAAAGACACUUAAUUUCUGGUCCUCUAAUUUGAGGAAGGACAUUUUUGCUAUUGAGGGAGUGCAGCGUAGGUUUACAAGGUUAAUUGCCGGGAUGGCGGGACUGUCAUAUGCUCAGUGGCGGACUGGGUCUAAAAGUAUUGGUUGCCAGGAGACAAAGGGGGCCCACUUCAUCAGGGGCCCACUUGAUAUAGGGGGCCCACUUCAUCAGGGGCCCACUUGCCAUCGGGCAAGCUGACACCCUGGCCAGUCCGCCACUGCAUAUAUGCUGAUAGAAUGGAGCGGCUGGGCUUGUACACUCUGGAGUUUAGAAGGAUGAGAGGGUAUCUCAUUGAAACAUAUAAGAUUAUUAAGGGUUUGAACUAGAGGCUAGAGGCAGGAAACAUGUUCCCGAUGUUGGGGGAGUCCAGAACCAGGGGCCACAGUUUAAGAAUGAGGGGAAGAAUAAGAGAAUAAGAACAGAGACUUCUUCACACAGA